AUGAGCGUCUUGGUCAGACAGAGCUCGGCGGGAUGCGGGGUGUUGGAGAGAGGGAGAGGAAUGAAGGAGGGUGCUACAAGAGACACACAGACACAGGCCUGCACUGACGGUCGACGGGUGACAUGUCGGAAGGAGCCAGGGGAGCGAGGCAGGCGCGACCCUGGCAGUGGCCGCCUGCAAGACGCAGCGGCCUGCAUUGGCUUCAGGGCACACCACCUGCGCGUCCCCCAUGCUGCACGGCGCUGCACCCUCAGCGACUCUCCACUCCACACAGCGCCGCUCGUCGCGCAGUACAAUACGUCUCUAAAGCGCCGCCGCAUCGGGCCCGCUUCCGCCGUCCUCGCCCUGCGCGCUCAGUUCCCAGUCCCAGUCCCCGUCCCAAACUCUGCCCCCGUCUCACCGCAACACCACCACGACUCGCCUCUCCCAUGA